GUUAAUGUAACCAGCUCUGGAGAGGCGAGGGCGGCCUGAGAUAUCGUGUCCCGUGCACUGAGAUCGCAAAGCUCUUUCUAUCUGCAACUUUCAACUCUGCGAGAAGUGGAUAUUUAUGCCAUUUGGGUUCUUACAUUUGUAUGUGUGUUCCCUUCUUCACUAUAUUGAUCAUCAAUAAGAAAGUCGGACAACAGCCAGACUGGAAACAAAUCAAGAUUUUUUUUUUACUUGGCUUACUGUAUUUUUUUAGAACUCUGCAACAUAUUCAGAAAACGGAAGUAGUGGUGGUGAUAUUUCUUUUUUCCACCGUUCGUGUAUCGUUGCAUUGAUCUUCUCAGCCCAGCACUUUGUUCCUCUCGGGGGGGAGGAGCAGGAGCUGCUAAUUAGCCAUCGGAACUAAAGGGUGUUAUUGUUUUACCUCACCCCCCACCAACUCCUUGCUUGGUUGUCUUUCUGUGGCAGUAGCGCAGGAUCUCUGGUUUCCCAUCACCCCCCCAUCUGCCGUCUGGAUGUUUACGAAUCGCUCCUGACCCUUCCCUGGGGCUGCAGCCUCUUCCUUUGCCCCCAACCCCCACACGCCAAUCGCUUAUUUGCUUGUCGCCCACUGUUGUGGCCAUGAGCCCUGAGGGUUGCUGAUCCUAUAGGAGGAGGAUCUCUAUGCCAACGGAGCAAGUGGCCCCUUAUCGCAUCUUCCUGUAAUACAUUGUGGGAUCUACACAUUUAUCGCAUCGGGGUGCUCAGGGGGAGCCCCUGGUUAACAGAAAGUUUUUGUGGGAAUUAGCAGUGAAGUGAGAUAAAGAGAAGCUGGAGUUUUGCUAUAACGCCAGGGGGUGGAAGCCAUAAACUCCAGGGUGCUGGGAAGCUGCCUCUUGUUCUGCUCAGACAAAGGACGCCCAGAAGAAAAGGAGGAGGUAGCAGCAGGAUGCUGCUCUAGCUGGGCGGACUCCCUUUUCCCGUCAAGUGGGAUAUAUAAAUAUUAUAUAUUAUUUUUUUUUAAGUUCAUUACCCAAAGUGUGUGUUUUUGGAGUUUGCUAAAAGUCGUCGAGAAUUGAGCUGCAAAGGGGCAAAGCGGCGGCUGGGAGAGCCAUGUUUCCCCAGAGCAGACACCCGACGCCGCAUCAGGCCGCAGGCCAGCCAUUUAAAUUCACCAUCUCGGAGUCCUUGGACAGGAUCAAAGAGGAAUUCCAAUUUCUUCAAGCUCAAUAUCACAGCCUUAAAUUGGAAUGUGAAAAAUUGGCAAGCGAAAAAACUGAAAUGCAAAGGCACUAUGUUAUGUAUUAUGAAAUGUCCUAUGGAUUAAAUAUUGAAAUGCACAAACAGACAGAAAUCGCCAAGCGAUUAAACACAAUAUGUGCACAAGUCAUCCCAUUUCUUUCUCAGGAACAUCAACAGCAAGUGGCUCAAGCUGUAGAGCGUGCCAAACAAGUGACAAUGGCUGAGCUGAAUGCCAUCAUCGGGGUACGUGGCCUUCCAGGUCUACCUCCUACACAGCAGCAGUUGCAGGCUCAACAUCUUUCACAUAGCCAUGGUCCGCCAGUGCCUCUAACACCACAUCCAUCAGGCCUUCAGCCACCCGGAAUGCCAUCGCUAGGAAGCAGUGCUGGCCUCCUUGCCCUUUCUAGUGCUCUAGGUGGGCAGUCUCACCUGACCAUGAAAGAUGACAAGAAGCAUCAUGAUACAGACCACCAUAGAGAAAGAGAGCCAGGCACAAGCAAUUCCCUGUUGGUUUCCGACAGCCUGCGAGGCUCAGAUAAACGAAGAAAUGGACCUGACUAUUCCAACGACCUCAAAAAAAGAAAAGUGGACGAUAAAGAUUCUAGCCACUAUGACAGUGACGGGGACAAAAGUGACGAUAAUUUAGUUGUUGAUGUAUCCAAUGAGGACCCCUCCUCCCCAAGAGCAAGCCCUGCACACUCGCCACGUGAAAAUGGUAUUGACAAAAGCCGAUUGAUGAAAAAAGAUGCUUCUAGCAGUCCAGCUUCCACAGCUUCUUCAGGCAGCUCCACGUCUUUAAAAUCGAAAGAAAUGAUUAUGCAUGAAAAAGCCAGCACGCCUGUUCUGAAAUCAAGCACGCCAACUCCUCGAAGUGAUGUGCCGACUCCCGGCACAAGUGCAACGUCGGGGCUGCGACCGGGCCUUGGCAAGCCUCCAUCCAUGGACCCUCUAGUUAACCAAGCUGCUGCUGCAGGUUUACGAACACCAUUGGCAGUACCUGGCCCUUAUGGCACACAUUUUGGCAUGGUACCUCAUGGGGGCAUGAAUGGUGAGCUGACCAGUCCAGGAGCAGCAUAUGCAAGCUUGCACAACAUGUCACCGCAGAUGAGUGCAGCUGCUGCGGCCGCUGCUGUGGUUGCUUAUGGACGAUCCCCUAUGGUUGGGUUUGAUCCGCCUCCACACAUGAGAGUACCUGGAAUGCCUCCAAACUUAGCUGGAAUUCCUGGAGGAAAACCGGCCUAUUCAUUUCAUGUUACCGCCGAUGGUCAAAUGCAGCCGGUCCCCUUCCCUCCAGAUGCAUUGAUUGGCCCUUUAAUCCCUCGACAUGCACGGCAAAUAAACACACUAAAUCACGGAGAAGUAGUUUGUGCAGUUACUAUUAGCAACCCUACAAGACACGUGUACACGGGUGGAAAGGGAUGCGUUAAAGUAUGGGAUAUAAGCCAACCUGGCAACAAAAGCCCCGUCUCUCAGCUGGACUGCUUGAACAGAGAUAACUAUAUUAGAUCAUGUAAAUUACUGCCUGAUGGAUGCACUCUGAUUGUUGGAGGGGAAGCCAGCACGUUAUCCAUUUGGGACCUGGCAGCUCCCACACCACGUAUAAAAGCAGAGCUGACCUCAUCCGCGCCUGCCUGCUAUGCUCUGGCUAUCAGCCCUGAUUCUAAGGUCUGCUUCUCCUGUUGUAGUGAUGGCAACAUUGCAGUGUGGGAUUUACACAACCAGACCCUUGUUAGGCAAUUCCAGGGCCACACAGAUGGAGCCAGCUGUAUUGACAUUUCUAAUGAUGGCACCAAGCUUUGGACAGGAGGUUUGGAUAACACUGUACGGUCUUGGGAUCUGCGUGAAGGGCGACAGCUCCAGCAACAUGACUUCACAUCACAGAUUUUUUCUCUUGGAUAUUGCCCAACUGGCGAAUGGCUAGCGGUAGGAAUGGAGAGCAGCAAUGUGGAAGUGCUACAUGUAAAUAAACCAGACAAGUAUCAGUUGCACUUGCAUGAAAGCUGUGUUCUUUCGCUGAAGUUUGCAUAUUGUGGCAAAUGGUUUGUUAGUACUGGGAAAGAUAACCUUCUCAAUGCUUGGAGAACCCCAUAUGGAGCCAGCAUAUUCCAGUCCAAAGAAUCCUCAUCUGUGUUGAGCUGCGACAUUUCUGUGGAUGAUAAAUACAUUGUCACUGGAUCAGGGGACAAGAAAGCCACAGUCUAUGAAGUUAUCUACUGAACUUGAAUGGAGGCUUUACUAUAUUUCGAAGGGACAAAAUGUACUUUUAAUAAAGUUCUAAAAAGCAAAGCUUUGACUUUUUAUCCUGGAUUACCCUUGUUCUUGGUGUUCAAAACAGUAGAAGGACUUAUGGACCCAGUUAAACUAUGGAGAAGCUGAAUCCCGAGCCAAACUGAUAAAUAUAUUGACAAGUGAGGAAACAAAAUCUGCUGAAGAAUAUCAAGUUCUCAUAUUUUUACGUUGUAUUUUUUUAAUGACUGAUGCCGAUACCUGAAUAUAUGGGUAUAUUAACAGAUUCUUGCAAGUCAAUUUCCUGUACUUGUUAAAAAACAAAACAAAAAAAAAAACAAAAAAAAAAAACUAAAAUUAUUUUUAUUUUAUUUUUUUUUCAUUGUGAUGUUUUUGUAUUUUUGUUGAGGUCAAGUAUUUGUACAAAGUGUAAAUAUAUUUGAUUUGCUACAGUAAAUACUUUAGUACCAAGAAAUCUUUUUUUUUUUCUUUUGGUAACUGUCUAUAUGUAUAUUGUUUAACAUGGUGUAUAUAGACUUUGUAAUUAUACUUUGUUACAGAGGUUGUGAAGUUCUAUUCAUAUUCCACUACACUGUGAUAGUUUAUAGUCAAGUUGUAAAUGUCAUAAACUUAGGCUUCAGUCCUCUAUCUAUUCACUAGCCUACAGAUUGAAAUGAUUAUGGGGUGGCCUGUCUUAAGAUUCUCAUCUGUUUUCAACCUCCUUUUUAGCAGUUGCCUUUUUCAAAAGUUCUCCCACAAAAGUAUCUGCAAGGCUGUUAGGAGACUUGAAAGUAUGUUUUUUAGGUGUAUAUACAACUAUAACAGUGCCUGUCUGUUUGAAUUGUAUGAAUGUUUAAAAUCCCUAUUAAAAUUUAGGAUUUGCUAAAUUAUCUGGAAUUCACUGAGGGUUCCUGUACAGAAUAGUUCUCAUGAACAAUUCCACUAGAGAAGAAAAUACUAUGGUUGGUUUGUAAUAUGCAGAGAACAAGUAAAGUGACCAUACUGUCUCAUGCAUGUUUGAUAUUUUGUUGGCUUACCUUUCCAAUUUAGAAGUCUGGUGACAGCAACGGCUAUUUUCUUUUACUCUGAAAUUUGCAUGUGCAAUACAAGCAAAGUGUGUAUGUGUAAUAUUACAGGAUAUACCACGAUUUAGUCCAAUGCCCAUAUUUAUACUCAGAGUACUUUAUUUACAACUAUUUUCAUCAGGGGAUGUUCUCAGAAAUAUUGUACAACAAUUGCAUGUGUAUGAUAUAAUUAUCUGCACCAUAUGACAGAACACUUUACAAAGGAAACAGUUUUCCUGAAAAUUACUUUUUUGCUUAUAAUUUAUCAUAUUUCAGAUCCACUUAUGCAUUACUGUCAAACUAUGUUUUGCAAAUAAAAUAUUUAUAAAAUAAUAGGGCACUCACACAUGCAAAAAAAAAAAAAAGGCGGACAUCUUGCAUUGCACUAUAUAUAGGCCAUGAAUAUUUGAAUCAAAAUUUUUUUUUUAAUUGAAAUUUAGUUUUUCUUUUUCAUUGUGAGAAAUUAACCCUCUAUACGAGUCUUAACUAGUCAACUUGUAAAUAAAUUUGGCAUCUUCAGGGACAAUGGCGAUGUCUCUUGUCUAUACUGCAUCUUUGUUUACAGGGGGAUUUAUUUUAUUUAAAACUUUAAAUGUUUACAGUUUUUAAAGCAUUCUUUCAAAUGCAUGAUCCUUAAUCACCACUAAUCAACUUCAGUAAGAUUGUAGCAGUUAGAAGAUAAAUCACUGUAAAGCAAAAAUGUAUGUAUGCAUUCCAUGGGUCUUGUAUUCAUUUGACAUCCUUUGAUUGUGUUGGUAAUUAAAACCUUCUUUAUAAUUGAACUUUGGGACGCAAAUUACAUAUUUAUAAUAAAAAAUGUUACAUCAUAUUAAGCAGUGGACCAGAUGUUAAAAAAAAAAAAAAAAAUCUUUCUAUUUCCAAACACGAAAAUGUUUCCAUCAGUCUUUACAUUUUGAGAACAAAAUUGCUAUUGGUAGAACAACAAAUGCUUUUAAGUAAAUAAAACAGUCUGCAAUA